AUGUAUUACGUCAUUGCAAACAGACUGCUCAAAAAACUCGAACAUGUGAAGAUAAAACAUGUUCCAAGAAUGAAAAAUCAAGAGGCUAAUGAUUUAUCACAAAUAGCUUCAGGAUAUAGAAUUUCAAAAGAGAAGUUAGAGGAACUUGUCGAAGUAAGAGGAAAAGUAGUGGCCACCAUGUUGUCUCCGGUAGACCUAGAAGGCAACCACUUAGGAUAUGCUAAUGAAGAGGAAUUCGAGGUAUUAGCCAUUGAUACUUUAGCAGAUACAGAUUGGUGGAAUCCAAUUAUUGAGUAUCUUAAAGACCCCUCAUUAAAUACAGAUAGAAAAACCAAGUACAGAGCUUUGUCUUACGUUUGGAUAGGGAAUGAGCUAUUCAAGAAAACUCCUGAAGGCAUCCUAUUGAAAUGUUUAGGAGAAAACGAAGCGUACUUAGCCUUAGCUAACAUUCAUAGUGGGGCAUAUGGGGCACACCAAGUAGGCCAAAAAAUGAAAUGGUUGCUUUUCAGGUAUGGGAUGUAUUGGCCCACCAUGCUAAAAGACAGUAUAGAAUUCGCUAAAGGCUUCCAAGAGUGUCAAGUACAUGGAGGAAUUCAAUAUGCUCCUGCAAGCAAAUUCCAUGCAAUCAUUAAACCUUGGCCUUUCAGAGGCUGA